CCAUCAUGCCCAUCUUGCAAUGGUUCGGCGUGCGGCGCUGCGCCGACUUGAGCAGUUGGUGCCGUGCGCCUUGCGGCUCUCGCGCGAGGAGGUCUGAGCCCUGCUGCUCCACGGACUGCUGCCUGACAUAUGUUGGGCUCUACAAGCUGAUCAGCAAGAAGAAGCGCACCGCGCACGCCCUGCGCGGGGCCCGGGACAAGUGCGUGCGCUUGAUGCGGGAAGCCGUGGCCGCCAACGACCACUCCGCUCCCCAGGAGCACCUCCGUGCCGCUGCUCGGCACUUGGCGGCGGUGGAGCGGUGGCUUCUGCCGGAGGUGCUGAAGCAUAGCUCCACCACCAGCCUGCGGCUCACGGACCCCGAGGAGUUGGCAUCCGAGCUGGGCCUGCAGUCCUUGGCAGGUGGGGAGGACCUGGAGGACUUCAUGGAGUUCUUCGGCACCGCCGUGGGCAUGGGUGAGCUGCUGGUGUUGGCCAUCCCCAGCCUGGUGCAGUCAAAGACCUUCCGCCACCCGGGCACCUGCUACAUCACCUCGGAGCGCCUCUGCUUCCGGUCCUGUGUGCUGGGAAUGGAGGCGAGGUUCACGCUGACCUGGUCCCAGCUGGAGUGGGUGCGCCUCAUUACGGAGGACAGCUCCCUGCACCCGGUGCGGCUCCGGUUGAAGCGCUCGGUGGAGAUCGAUGCCGUUUCCGUGGACACCUUGGACUUGAUGGUCUUCGACCUCGGGGUCUUGGCCCAGUUCCACUGCUGCGUGUCCUACUUCACCGGCACUGGACUCUUCGACAUGGUGCCCUCCGCAGACCAGGAGCCGGUGGACGACAAGUCGCCCUCCGGCAUGCGGGAUAUUUUGUCCUCAGGACCCCGGACCCGGAUCUCGGCCGUGACCACCGAUGAGAUGGUGGCGGACCUGGAGGAGAUGAGUCUGGUGUGGGAGCUCCAGAGGCGCACCACCAUUUGGCACACCGACUGGCGUGCGCCCUUCUUGCCCCACGACUACCAAAAGGCGAUCAAGUGGAUGGCCAUUGAGGAUCAUUAUGUGCCCCAUCCCUUCAUCCCAGAGGACAUAGAUGUGGAUGAAGCUGCUGAAAGCGAGAGGCCUCCCAUCACCAAGGUGAAGUUCUUGGGGAGGUAUCGGCCUUGUCAGUGGAGCAUCGUGGUGGAUGAGACCUCGGACCGCGAGGGCUGGCAGUACGCGGUGGAUUUCUACCUCGAGCCGGGGAGCUGGAGCUGCGGGGUGCGAGGCUUCUCGCACGUGCGCAGGAGGAGAUGGCAGCCCACCUUCCUGCCGGAUAUGGGAGAGGUGCAGGAGGAGAGCCCCGGCUCCCGGGCCGCCAAGCGCUUGAACUCCACGCUCAUGGCGGAGAAGGGCGUGUCGCCGCCGCAGGUGAUUUUAGAGGUGGAUCUGGGCUUGAUCCCCCUGGAGGACAUCAGAAAAGACCUGGAGGGGGACUGGGAGGCCGAGGGGAACCUGAUGCAGCUGCAGCUGGCGGAUUUGCGCGCCCACGAGAUCGAGCUGGGGCCUUGGACUUCGGGGCCCUCCCAAAAGGUCCAGGGACAGGUGCGGUCCAUGUCCAUGCGCGUGCCGGUGCCCCCGGCGCCCAUGUGCCCCAAGGAGUCUCGCUGCGCCUGCACCUGGCACCUGGUGGCAGACGAGAAGCGGCUGCUGCUGGAGAGCGUGAUCAUGUCAUUGGACGUGCCGUAUGGCACCUGCUUCAACGUGAUCAAGUGCGACACCUUCAGCGUGGAUCCCCAGACUGGGAACAUCCUCUUCGAGCGCAAGCUGUCGCUGGAGUGGGUGAAGUUCUGCUGGGUCAAGGCCUUGGUGGAGGUGAGCGUGCCCAAGGAGAUCAAAAGCGACGGCGAGAAAUGGCUGGAGGUCAUCCGAUCCUGGGCUCAGAACUUGGCCAAAGACGGCUCCGCCAAGAGCGCGGCGACCGGCGCCGGCGGCGGCGCGCGGUCGGAAACCUCUGCCAGGAGCCUCAGAAGCCCGAAGCCCCAGUCUGAUAGCUCGGCGAAGAGCCGAAAGUGAGCCACCCGUGCUCACUCUCUUUACACCUUAGCACGGGGGUCUCUCAAAAAGUGCGGACCCCCCACUUUUGGAUGUUUUUUUUUUUUUUGUUUGCUUG